GUAUAUAUGAUAAUUGUGCUAAACAUAUAACCACCCGAUGAUGGCCAGCAUCGACUUUUCGAUGGACUCGCGGGUCAAGAAAUGUUUUGUACCGCUGGUCACCCAACAGAGACGUCUAAGACAUGUCAAACGUAUGGCCGCCAGAAAUAUAAAACUGGAUUCAACAUGUCUUCAUCAUCUUCGUCAGCAAACUUGUGAUCAACAGCCACCAGCAAUUGGUCUGUCAUUUACUGUCCACAACGUCGACGAUGAGCUGAUCUACGAAAGCGAGACAGUGUUUUCAAGUCGACCGGAAUGGAAAUGUCUGGAAAGUUGUUCCUUAAGAGACUCGACCGCCACUCAAGUGAUUGUCAGUCUUUACUUUAGUGAUAAUAGUAGUGAUAGUAGUAGUAGUAUUGAUAGUCAGUCGUCGUCGACAUCGAUGAAGAAGAAGACAUUGUUUGUCGAAUGGACGAUACAGUUGAAUGCAUUGGUAUUUAUUGGCCAAGAGAUACCCAAAGAUAACCGAUUCAAAGACAAUACCAUUAUAUUGGGUUCGAUGGAAGGUUUCUAUACAAGUGCCGACCAGAUAGCCAGCGACGAGUUGGCCAAAUCGGUUAGAUUGUCGUACGUUUGCCGAGAUUCGCUACCAGUGAUGACGGAUGCGGCCAACACGUUGCGCAACUCGUACAGUCUGAACGUACUCUACAGACUGGAAAUGAUGCAACGGGUGAUCACUCAGACGGUUGUCUUAGUUAAUACAAGUCGUACGAAACUGGAACUACUCUUAACCCAACUGUUAGACUCAAGCAAACUCAAGUCGCGGGCAGAACUAAUGGAAGUACGAAUUGAUAGACUUCGGGAAGAUCUUAGACGCCGUAGACAACGGCUGCAGACAUCGACGGAUAGGAUCCAGAAGACUGAAUCGGAAAUCUGUGAAAAAGGUAUCGAUAUGUUGACACGGAUCGAGUCGUUGAAACAACAAAAGGAUAAUUUAUUCGCCAAAAGAGAUAAAUUGCGUCAAACUGUUGAUAAAUUGUUGGCCACAAGAAAUCAGCUACAAAUACGGCGCAAACAGAUCGUAACCGAUGUGACCACUGUUUACUCGUUAAUACCGUUUCCCGAUGGUAAAGGUGGCCUAUCUAUAUCGGGUGUCUAUCUACCCGAUUCCGAACAUUUGGACGGACACGACGAUACAAUGAUAUCGAUUGCUAUCGGCUACGUAACCCAUAUGCUGAUACUGUUGUCCCGAUUGUUUGAUAUAACACUCAGAUAUCAUAUGAUAUACUAUGGAUCUAAUUCGUCGAUUGUUGACCAUCUGAACGAUAGGAUCAACGAAUCGGAUCGUGUAUUUCCAUUGCAUUGUAAGACAUCCAAAGAUCGAUUACAUUUCAAAUACGGUGUAUUUUUGAUGAACAAAAAUAUUGCCCAAUUAAGACAUGUUUUCGGUUUACAAACCAGAGAUCUGAGCGCAACUCUUCUCAAUUUGUAUACACUAUUGAAUGAAAAACUAAUUAUCGGUAAUCUCAGUGACAAAACAAUGACAUCGACGACGACAACAACAACAACGACAGGUGCUAUCAAUAGUAGUAGUAGUACAGGUGAUAGUAGUAAUAGUCAUCGACAAUCGCAAAUAAAACCUAUUGACAAUCCAAGAACCAGAAUGCUGAUGCCUGAUCCCGGUGCCGCCGGUCCAUCAUCAUAUGAUGACAAUCAUCAUCAACAUAACCACCAACAACCCCACCAUCACGUUAGCCGAUCACUGGAUAAGGGACUAAAUGAACUAAAGUUAUCGAAACUGAUGUUUAGAGUCGGCAUCAGACCUAAUGAUUCUCAUGAAUCGCUUCCAUCGGAUUAUCAUUCAAACCAUCGACCAAUUUAUUCAUCAUUCAAUACUCCUGGUCAUCAUCUUCAUCAUCACCACCACAACAAUGAUUAUGGCGACAAUGAUUGCGAUUUUAGUCGCUUACCACCAGAUGAUAGACUAAGAAAAUUAAAUAAUACUGUCGACAAUAAUCAUUUAAAAUGGUUACCAUCAUCAUCAUCAUUAUCGCUGGCAAAUGGUGAUCACAAUAACCACAUUAAUAACAUAAAUAUUAUCAAUGAUUUGUCUAUUAAGAGCACUUCCAGUACAGAUAGUUCACCUAAAACACACAUUUGGAACGAUUGUAGUAAUAAUAGUAGCAAUGAUUGUAAUAAUACUGAUGAUUGUUGUAACAGCGAUUAUAAUCACUUAAAAUUAUAG